GGUUGUUGAAUAAGGUUUCACAACAGUGGUAGAGAUAGUUCGAACUUGCAAUAGCUCUGUGUCAGAUGAAAAACAACAACACAAGAAGCGAGCAUGUCAAUCAUGGGUAUUGUUAUUGUUCAACUUUUCCAAUAGUGUUGCAGAAAACAUGGUUGUUGCCGAUUGAACGGAUGUUAUGUUUUCAAAGAGAAUUCAAGUUUGUCUUUUAUGUAUUUAUAUGUGCUGGUGCAAUAAAAUUUGAUUGAAUCUUCUUUGAAAUUUAUUUCAGUAUUAAUGCCUAACUAAGUAAUUAUAUCUAGCUUGAGCAGCUGAACUACGACGCACUGGAUACACGCUAGGUAUACUGACAUCUUACGCAUAUCUUCUCUUUUAUUUCAGUUAUCACUUUUGGUGUAGAACUCUUUGCCUUCCAUUUUAUACAUGAUGUUACUUUGCUAUAUCAGUUAUGUUGUCCUGACCGGAUAGUUAUCUUUUCUGUAAGCGACACAGGUGGUUGCUGAUUGGUUGACAUUUCAAGUUGGACCUUACUUAAUUUGUACAAGUGUAGUGACACCAUUUUCCAUGUUGGUUUGUUUUGGAAGCAUUUUCAUGUAUAAAAUGGAAUUGCUGGUCUGCCACUUUAUUACGUCUAGCUUUCAGUCUGAUUGAUCUUUAACAAAACACCAAACAAAAAGGAAAAGUAUGAUUACCGCAUAUCCCUGCUACUGCUCGUAUUGUAGUAUUUAGUAUAUAUCAUUACUUGAUAUUGCAACUAAUUUAAUUCUUGUUAGGAUGCUUGUCCUAUGAAUGUGAUGCCCUCCACAAGAAAAAGCCAGCUGCAUUAGGCAGACAUAAAUCUUCUUUGUUUCGGAACAUGGUGGCCUUUUGGUAGAGGCACGUGAAGAUUCCAUUUACGCAUGAUGUGUACAAUCUACUCCCUCCGUUCCUAAAUAUAAGUUUUUUAAGAAAUUUCAAUAUAAACUACAUACGAAUGUAUAUAGACAUAGUUUAGAGCGUAGGUUCACACAUUUUGCUCCAUAUGUAGUCCAUAUUGGAAUCUCUAAAAAGGACUAAUAUUGAUUAGUUGUACUGAUUAGUUGUAUUUACUAUCUAAAUUGUUCUGUAUGUUGUUAUACCAAGCCAAUUUGUAUAUGUGACCUUGCCUUUACGGAGUAUAUAUAUGAGAUUUUCUUGGAUUACCGACUAAUGUAUGUUUAUGUGUAAAUUCAGUAUAUGUCGUGUGGUUAUUUAUUUAUCAAAAUACCUAUCAUUUCAUUGCAGAAAUAGAUAGGCACAACAACUAAUGUAUGGUUAUGUUGUAAAUUCAAUAUAUUUCAUGUGGUCAUUUAUUUAUCAAAUACCUAUCAUUUCAUUGUAGAAAUAGAUGCGCGCAGCAACGCGUGCCAUCAAUGAUCUAGUAUAUCUUGCAGUCCGGCUCGCAGCCCUUCUUGACAGAGUUCGUCUUCGGGGGAUCUUCUUCUGGAGAUGAUGGAGAGCGAGAUGCCUCCGCCUGCCUCCCCGCCUCAUGUGGCGGACGACCCUGAGGUGUCGUCACGGAGGGUUUCUUCUGAUCCGCAAAGGCCAGAAGUUAACUCUUCGGCCACCCGAAGUCCGGAGUAUUCGGCUCCUAGGGAGAGCAACAAAAAGAGUCUCGGACUGUCCGGUGUACAACCGGACACACUGAUGGGCCUUCUGGAGCAAGCGGCUAUCUCAGAGGCGCAUCGUACCUUAAUGGGUACGGUGGUUGAGAGGAUUUCAUCCGCCAAGAACGGGUUGAAUGAAGCUUUUACGAGCCUGCUAAGAGGCUUUGAGGCGGCUGAGGGUCCGGCGGUUGGCCGGACUGCUGGUUUUGCCGAGCUGAAGCGGCAGCUUGACAUGGCGGAUGCCAACAUCGUUCUUGUGAACAAGCAUCUUGACGAGGCACAUGGUAUGUAUUUUUGGAUGCUGUGA